ACUGGUAUUCUUUGUGAUUCGGAGCUCUUGGAAUUUUGGUUUGGGUGGGAAUCUGGGAAUUAAUACACUGUAAUAAAGGAACUAAAAAUAGCCAAAGUUUUCUUUUCUUGAAGUGCUGUGAAUCAUUUCACAGCCUAGAUCAUGUAUAUAUCUCUGUCUAUAUAUAUAUCUCUUUCUUUUUUCCUGAUUCUUCAGCCAUAUAUAUGGAAGCUUUUUCCUCUUCAGAAAAAGAUAGAUAUGCUGAAAUACAUACCGUAUGAGGUAAAAGUGACUCAGAGAGUAUCACAGAUUCUGUGCUAUUUAGAAUAAGGAAGAAUGUGUAGUACUUUCUGUACAGCCUCCUUCUAUGGUUGGUUUCACUGCAUCAGCAGCUUGUGAUUAUUUUUUUUUUAAUUGGUAUUUACUUUCUAUGCCCUAUGGGCACAUCUGGACAAGAUGUGAGUGUUGAUAGUACAACAACAAUCUGCUUCCAGGACCGUGGCAGAUAGAUUCUUUUAAUAUAGUGUCUGAACACCUGUGGUAUGAGGCAAAAUGGCAGUUUCUGCUGGUGCAGCACUGGAGCUUGUUUCUAUCAUGCGAUUCUGCAGUUCUUCUCGAUUCCAGACUCAGCGGUUUGCCAAUGCCACAAAACAAACCGAGGAUGAUAUUUUAUAGACAGUCUAAGCAUCAUGGCACAAAACUUCAUAGCUCUGGCCACCCGGAAAAGCCCAUUUCUCCCCAGAUAUGUCUGGGGCAGGAAAAGGUCUGAAGUCUGUCAGGGGGUGUUCACUUGGUUUUGACUCUUGCUUGCAGAACCUGCCAAGAGCUCUCCGUUAGUCAUGAUAUAAGACAGUAUGGAGCAUUUCAUCCUUCACUUAUGGCGUUCUCACCAUCUUUCUUUUCUUUUCUCCUUUCCCGUUCUUCCCGUCUCCCUGUCGCUGUUGCCUUCUCUCCCCCUGUAGAGCUCUCCGUCAGCCUCCUUGCAGUGAUAGUUAUUGUGUGUGGACUGGCCCUGGUGGCAGUUUUUCUGUUUCUCUUUUGGAAGCUGUGCUGGGUUCCCUGGAGGAACAAGGCCAUUUCUUCUAACCUGGCCGUCUUGCAGAGCGAGGCAGGCUGCAAUAAGGAGAGCAUGGCAGACAAACUCAAGGACACGAGUGCCAUAAGUUUCCUGGAGGCAGCGGUGAAGAUCAGCCACACAUCGCCAGACAUCCCUGCAGAGGUCCAGAUGUCCAUGAAAGACCACAUCAUGCGGCGCACGCGGAUCCAGAGGCAAACAACGGAGCCUGCGUCUUCCACCAGGCACAUCUCCUUCAAAAGGCACCUUCCUCGGCAAAUGCACGUAUCCAGCAUGGACUAUGGCAUGGACCCACCGGCUGUGGCUGAGCAGCCGACCAGCAUCGGCCGCAUUAAGCCUGAACUCUAUAAGCAAAAGUCUGUUGACUCUGAGGACCCCAAAAAAGAGGCAGCAAAAACCUGUGGGAAAAUUAACUUCACUCUCAAGUACGACUAUGAGAAUGAGACGCUGACUGUCCGAAUUCUCAGGGCUUUUGACUUGCCGGCCAAAGACUUCUGCGGCAGCUCAGAUCCCUAUGUGAAGAUCUACCUCCUGCCCGACAGAAAGCGCAAGUUCCAGACACGAGUCCACAGGAAGACUCUGAACCCCACCUUCGAUGAGUCCUUCCACUUCCCCGUGCCCCAUGAGGAUCUGGCAAGCAGGAAGCUCCACCUGAGCGUCUUUGACUUUGACAGGUUCUCCAGACAUGACAUGAUAGGAGAAGUUAUCUUGGAGAACCUGUUUGAGGCUUCAGACCUUUCCCGGGAGACUUCCAUCUGGAAGGACAUUCAGUACGCGACAACGGAAAGCGUGGACCUGGGAGAGAUCAUGUUUUCCCUUUGUUAUUUGCCAACUGCAGGUCGCCUCACCUUAACAGUCAUUAAAUGCAGGAAUCUCAAAGCUAUGGAUAUCACUGGUUACUCAGAUCCAUAUGUCAAAGUCUCUUUGCUCUGUGAUGGGCGAAGACUGAAAAAGAAGAAAACCACCAUAAAGAAAAACACACUUAAUCCCACUUACAAUGAAGCAAUAAUCUUUGACAUUCCCCCGGAGAACAUGGAUCAAGUCAGCCUGCUUAUCUCCGUCAUGGAUUAUGAUCGCGUGGGUCACAAUGAGAUUAUUGGCGUUUGCCGUGUGGGGGUCAAUGCUGAAGGACUAGGCAGAGACCACUGGAAUGAGAUGCUGGCGUACCCACGCAAGCCCAUCGCCCACUGGCAUCCAUUAGUGGAGGUGAAGAAGUCUUUCAAAGAGUGGCAAGGCCGGGCAGCGAGCUUUGACAGCCAGGGUUCCUGUCCCUCGCCUAAACCACCACCCACACCGUGAUACAGAGCGCGGCAAGUAAAACGGGACUAAACCAAGUUAUUUUUGCACUUGGCCUACAGUCUCAGUAGUUUGUUGCUGAGUGGCGGUGGCAGCAGCGAGACUUUCUGGUCUAGUUGUUCCUGCAUAAGUAAAGGCAGAAACCAGUUUUGUGGUCAAAUAUGUCUUUGUUUAAUAUGUCUCCCAAGGUGAUGUUUUUCUGUGGCUUUUAAUGUAUGGAUCUGUUUCCAGAGGAGGAAGGUGGACUGAGACAUGAGCUGGAAGUUUGGUCUGAAAAAUAGCAUGUAAAAUAGUUUUUAGUGUGUUCAAAGGCUGGAAAAAUGCAAGGAUGCGCUGAGUGUCUACAGCCAGCACAGGUGGCCAGGAGAGGGGACACCUGGACUGGCCGUGCUGCACCGUCUGUGCCCGCUUAGACGAGCAGCAGUGAGAGACGCAAGAGACCUCUGAUCCGUGAGCAGCUCUUUCCACUUGUGGUCAGCCCAAAUCCAGCAGCGUGUUCACAGGUUUCCUGUUCGCGUAGAGGUGUUCAUGAGCUGUUAGAAGUUUGUGCAGUGUGUAUCCCAAACUCCUUUUGUCAUAUAUAAAAAAUGCUGUUGAUUCCUCAGGGGGGGAAACUGUUUUUUUCCCUGUAUUUGAAGUCUCCCUAGAGCUACUUGCAUGAACAGUUUCUUAAGACCCCUUUGUAGCUGCUGCUCUUUCCCCCGUACAUCACCACGUUACCUGGAGUGGAGAGAACUGUGUUGCCACAAGCAGGGUUCAGACAUAAAGGGGGAAAGAUGUUACAGAAAUAGGUGAUAUCCUUGCAUGAGUGCUAGAUCUUUAUUUCUUAUCUCAUCCUAGUAAUAAAGGGUGAACAAAAGGGAAAUAUAGAAACACAACCGAUACUAAAAAAAUCUUCCAAACUUUUUUCAUGAACUAUCAACACUUCCUUAAUGAAAAAAGUUUCUAAGGCCCAAACCCUGGAAGAAGAUCAAGUUUUGAAAAAAAUGAAACUUUGCCGGUUCCUUGGCUGCAGAGGCCAAAAAAGAAGUUAUAACAUCCCGAGUACUAGCUUUGCGAACACAGCUAAAUCAGCUGAUCUUUAUGAGGCAGCUGUGGAUUUUGGACACUUUCUCAUCGUGGAUUUUUCUCUGAGUUAAUAAGUACAUUAGUGCUGCUUGUUCCACUGUAAUUAAAUUAACUAGAUGCAAGGAUUUUGCUUUUGUCUUAAAACAGAAUUUGCUAGCAAGGCAGCCAUUUCUCCUCACGUCAGAUUAGCAGAACUGCAUACAUCGGCCCCAGUCGUCAGGUCAACUUCAGUUUCCAUUUUCCUAAAUGUCACAGCAUCAGCCUUCACUGAACAUCACGACUAGCAGAGAGGGUAUUUGUUUGCAUUGCUUUUCUGGGUAAGGUGAAUCCUUUGUUCAGUGAAGGACAAAUACCUGAUUUCUCAUCACACCUUGUGUCUUAAUUCUCUUUAUGUGCCACAUGCUAUAGAAGCAGAAACUCAAUAAAAUUAUUUUAU